AGUUUCGAACUCUCAUAAACAAAGCUUCUUCCGGCGAUGGCUAACGACGGAAACGACAUCGACCCAUUACUCCAAUACCUCAUCAGCACCCCAAGAACCAACCCACCACAACCACCACCUCUCUUCCCCUUACCCGAAAACGACGACGUCACGGUCCCUAUGCCAAUGACUCCCACAGAGUUCAAAAACCGUUUAAUCUUCGGCCCAUUCCCUCGCUCCCACCUCGACUCCUCCCUCCUCAUCGACGCCAUAUCUCACAACCUCUCAUCACCCUCCUCCUCCGCUAACACUUCCUUCUCCGACACCUCCACCGUCGACAUCCUCCACACACUUCAAGAACACAACAACAACAUACCACCUCGAAAGACACACCACAGGUUCCACCGCUCCAAAACAGCUCCCGCGAUGGUCGCUAUCAACGACUUAACUAACCAGUUUGAUCUCAAAACAGAGAGAUCAGACUCAAAGUCCAUCGUGAAACAAGCUGUUGCUCUGCUUCUUGUGUAUCUCUCGUUAGGUGUGUUUAUCUAUUGGCUGAAUAGAGACAGCUACUCCGUGGUUCACACUCACCCUAUCGUUGAUGGCUUAUACUUUUGUAUCGUAACAAUGUGCACGAUCGGUUACGGUGACAUCACGCCCGAUACGGUCUUGACGAAGAUGUUUUCGAUCUUGUUUGUCCUCGUCGGGUUCGGUUUCGUGGAUAUAUUGCUUAGUGCGAUGGUUAGUUACGUUCUUGAUCUUCAAGAAAACUAUAUGUUGGAAGCUGCGAAGAACGCUAGCUUUGAUGGGGUGGAGAAGAAGAAGUCGUAUGUGAUGGAUGUGGUCAAAGGGAGGAUGAGGAUUAGGAUGAAGGUUGCGUUGGCUUUGGGUGUUGUGAUGUUGUGUCUUGGAUUUGGGGUUUUGAUUAUGCAUUUUAUUGAGGAGAUUGAUUGGUUGGAUUCGUUUUAUUUCUCGGUUAUGUCGGUUACUACGGUUGGGUAUGGAGACAGGGCGUUUAAGACUUUGCCUGGGAGGCUUCUUGCUGCCAUGUGGUUGCUUGUGUCUACUUUGGCUGUUGCGAGAGCGUUUUUGUAUUUGGCUGAGAUGAGGGUUGAUAAGAGGAAUAGGGAGAGGGCUAAGAGAGUUCUUGGUGAGAACAUGUCUAUCUCUCAGUUCUUUGCUGCUGAUAUCGACCACAAUGGAUGUGUUAGUAAAGCAGAGUUUGUGAUCUAUAAACUAAAGAAGAUGGAGAAGAUAACCGACAAGGAUAUUGAUCCGAUCGGUAACCAGUUUGACAGGCUUGACAAAACUAAUAGUGGAAGGAUUACUCUUUUAGACUUAUUGGAAACCAGCACCAACGAGUUACCCUCUGUAGCUUCUGUUUAGGAUCACACAUUGCAUGCAACAUAAACAAUGAAAGUUCUGCAGUUGCUGGUUUACUUGAACCGGUUUAAUGUCUAGGUUGUCUCCUUCGCACCUAAGAUGAUGAAGAGAAAGAAGUUUGAUGUUUGGUUUCCUUUGACCUGUUUGAUGUCAUACCAAAUGGGUAUAUGCUAAUGUUUUGCUUCGGUUUGAUAUAUAGGUUCAAGAGUUAAAGGGUUUAUUUUAGGCAUAUAUUGUUGAUAAUACUUCGGUUUGAUUGAAGUCAUUUGCUACCGUUUGAAGUAAAAGUAACUUGUGUUGCCAUAUAUGAGGCUGUAAAUGUCAAUGUAUAAUUUGGUAUUUGACUAUCUUCAGUCAAUAUCUUUGUGCUCAAAUUAUGUUUAGUGCUUAAUUACUUUCAUUUUUGAUAUAUCU